AGCCAACUGCUUCUUGCGCUUGAUAAUUCAUGUGGAAAUAUUAAGCCAUAUUGUUCCCUCUUUAGAAAGCAGAGAGAUAAAGCAACAUCUUUAUCUUCUCCUUCUUGCCUUCCUUCUUCGUCUUCCUGACCAAUGGAUCAGAAGGCAACGGAAAUCUUUCUAGAAAUGAACAUGAAGAGAAACUGGGCUGUUAAGGAAGGUGGCGAUGAUGAUGAUAUUUGUGAAUCAUCAUCCAUUGGAUCCGUCUCAGAAGAUUCAACAACGGGUUCUGGUUCGGUGUGUUCAUCUUCUUCAUCAGAACUGACGGAGGAGGCAUCCUCUUCGUCAAAUUAUCUGUCAACCUCAGCUUCAUCAUCACAUUCAAAUGGGCCUUUAUAUGAAAUAUCAGAGCUCAUGACUCACCUUCCAAUCAAGAGAGGGCUAUCAAUGUUUUAUCAAGGGAAGGCUCAGUCUUUCACGUCCUUAGAUAGGGUACAGAGCUUAGAAGAUCUUCCUAAGAAAUGCACACCUUACAAAAAGAAGAUCAAGUCAUGUAAAAGUUAUGGAGGUGGUUUGGAUUGCAACAAAAUUAUAUCACCAAAGGCUACAAUAUCAAAGAGAUCAGCUUCAAGAGGAUCUUUUGCAUCUUCUCUUACAAAUAGAAGAGGGAGUUUCCUGGGAAUGCACAAAAAAACUCAUAAUAUCCCAACCAGUUAGAGGUUUGCGGCAUAGAAUCCAGAAAACUCGGAUUGUUUUUUUCCACAGUGAAAUGUUGAGCUGUCCAUUACCCCCCCCCCUUCUGAGAGAUCCUUUUGUCAUGAAAUCCUCCAUUUGAUAUUCUCACACCUUCAUGAUCUCUCUCUCUCUCUCUACAUAUAUAUAUAUAUAUAUAUAAUUCUUUGAA